AGUAAUAAUAUAUUCAUAUGCAACCCCCCACAUGCCAUAUCUUUACUGGUUGGUCAAUACAUUUUCCUGACAUUAAAUUCUGGGUUUUAUUUUAUGACAUUGUUGCUACAAUUAAGAAGAUUCUUCCAUAAUACCUCUCCAAGAUCUCAUUGUGCAUUCAUUUUCUUACCAAAACAAAACAGGAAAAGAAACAGAAUUCAUAUUAGUUGUCUUUUCUCCAUUAAAAUCAAGAAAAUGUCUGUUCUUUCUUGCUGUACAUAUAGACAGAGAUAGAACUUCCAUGGAUCUUUGAUCAAGGAGAAAUUACAAGGAAUUUUCUCAGGGAGGAGAAAAGGGCCGGAGAUGGAGAAAUCAAAUGGAACGUGUCGGCCUCAAUCCUGGUUUGUUAUUUUCGUUUCAUUUGGUUUAUGGUUCGUUUUGUUUUAUUUCAAUUCUGAAGCUUUUAUUAGUAGUAAGAACAAGGUUCAAUCUGUAAUGGCUGAUUACGUAUACGGGAUUACUUAUCCCCAAUCGAUUAAUCCGGUUGAGAAUGUCACCGACACUGAUGAAUCCACCGUAGAUGACAAUAGCGUAGAUGAACCAGUUGAAAUCGAUGAACCCAGAAAUGAAGAUCCAAUUGCGAAAAAUGGGAAUGAAACGGAUGAUCUGACGGAUUUGGUAAAGGAAAUCGAGGCCGAUUCUGGACCUGAUCCUUCAUGUUCCGGGAAGUACAUCUAUGUGCAUGAUUUGCCGAGUGAAUUCAAUGAAGAUUUGAUCAAGGAAUGUCGAACGCUUAAUAAGUGGAUCGAAAUGUGUCAAUAUAUGGUGAAUGCUGGACUUGGUCCAAGAAUCGGGAAUUCGCAGGGUGUUUUUUCGACAAAGGGUUGGUUUUCGACGAAUCAAUUCAUGUUGGAAGUCAUAUUUCAUAACAGGAUGAAGCAGUACAAGUGUUUGACAACCGAUUCUUCGAUAGCUUCGGCGGUGUUUGUGCCGUUUUAUGCAGGUUUUGAAGUUGCACGUUAUCUAUGGGAUACUGAUGUGCCGACCAGAGAUGCUGCUAGUCUUGCUCUAGUGAAAUGGCUCACUUCGAAACCUGAAUGGAAGGUUUUAGGAGGGAGAGAUCAUUUCAUGGUGUCUGGUAGGAUUACAUGGGAUUUCAGAAGGUUAACAGAAAAAGAUGAAGAUUGGGGUAACAAAUUGAUGGUUUUACCUGAAGUUAGGAACAUGUCGACCUUAACAAUCGAAGCUAGCCCGUGGCAUCGGAAUGAUUUUGGAGUGCCGUAUCCGACUUACUUCCAUCCUUCAUCGGAUAGUGAGGUUUUUCAGUGGCAAAGCAGGAUGAGGAGACAACGGAAGCGUUUCUUGUUUUCGUUUGUGGGUGCACCAAGAAACAGCACUAAAUUGAUUCGGAAUCAGCUCAUUGACCAGUGCUUAUCGUCAAAGAAAUGCAGGUUACUGGAUUGCAAUAAAGGUAACAAGAAAUCCUGCGACCAACCAAGUAAAGUGAUGAAAGUGUUUCAAAACUCAAUUUUCUGUCUAGAGCCUCCAGGAGACUCGCCAACUCGAAGGUCCGCUUUUGAUGCGAUAUUGGCUGGGUGUAUACCAGUAUUUUUCCAUCCAGGGUCUGCAUACACUCAGUACACAUGGUUCUUACCGCGAGACUAUAAGAAGUAUUCAGUUUACAUACCAGAAGAUCAAGUAAGAGACGGGAAGGUAAACAUAGAAUCGGUUCUACAACGUUAUUCAAGGGAUCAAGUUCGUCGGAUGAAGGAAGAGGUCAUUAAGCUGAUACCAAGGGUAAUAUAUGCAGAUCCAAGGUCUAAACUGGAGACUGUUGAAGACGCAUUCGAUAUAGCCAUUGAGGGAGUACUCGAGAGGGUGGAGAAAGCGAGAAUUGAUCUAAGAGAAGGCCGAAAUCCUGACGAGCCUCCUUAUCUUGAGACAAACACAUGGAAGUACAAUUUGUUCAAGACAGAGGAGAAACAUGAAUGGGAUCAUUUUUUUUACGACUGAUUACGAAAUCAAAGGAAAGUCGAACAGAACACAAAAUAGAUAAAUAGUCACACACAGGAUUAGAGCAAGCAAAGUUGUCUCACAUUUUAGUACUUCAUUCAUAUAUACCAAUUCUGAUUUCAACUUUAUACAGGACUUCAAAAUGUUUCAGUCGAAGUUAUCUGUAAAUAUGAAUUUAGUUCUAUGAAUGUGAAUAUUUGCUGCUAUCUGCUUCAAACUCGUGCAUCUAGCAUUAUGUGGCUGCAAUCUCAUUCAAUUCAGAUUGGUUAUCAGAAGAAAAUGUAUCCUCGUAUUGUAGCUGAGAACAAAAUCAUGUGUAUAAUUGAAGUUCAAUGAACAAGAAAAAGUAAAAAUCAGUGUUGUUGCAUCA